AUGUGGUUUAUGCGCGGUCAAAAAAGAUGGUGGAUUAUGGUUCCCCGAGGUUCUGAAGCACGGAUGAGACAUCCACAAGCGCCAGAGACCGUGAAAGUCGAGCCAGACGUUCUUUUAUUCCGACUCGAGAAACAGAGCCUUGCACCAAUCUUUUUAGCUAUAACGCGCUAUAUUAUUAUUCUGGUAUAUCUACGAAUGAAUGUGAACUAUUUUGCCAGCAAGGGCAUAUCAGUGCAGGACGGCUCUUUGCCCUGCAUCGAAUGGCUCUCUCGCGAUCAUAUUCUGUUGGAGAUGCGCUACUCUUUAGCGAGACCUUUGGGGCCCAGGCAAGCAAAUAGCCUGAGGGUUGCCAGUUCUGAUGUGUAUCCUGCAUUCAUGACUGGUCCUUCCUUGACACCAAGCCUCGAAAUCUUGCUGCCUCCACCAACAGUUUCAGAUGCAAACUUCUCAGAGGAUGCGGUAAACCUGCCGACAUUCUCCCUGGCUCUUGCUAUUAUUAGCCUUAAGGUGCCAGAGCCAAUGUCCGAGAGAAAGCCGACGAUGCGCUAG